AUGUCUUUAUCCCUGAGUGAUGUGGACAAAAAUGUUCUUUCCCAUGUCAUUAAAGAAAUGUACCCAUCGAUUGAAGACAUGGUCGACAUCACGCUUAAUACAUUUUCAAAUUUUGAUGAUGCUAUCACUAAUUUAAAAUUUAUGGGUGCUGAUGAUAUUGAUCACAUUAAAAUUAUGGAAGCCUAUAAAAAUGAGUUACAAAAAAAUAUAUAUAUCCCGUCAUCUAGUUCAAGCUCUUCAACAAAACUAAACACUGACGACAUUCCGGGAAUGGAUGAUAUCGAAGACGAUGACUAUAUUCCCAACUAUGAUAAUGAAACCGCAUCUGAUAAUAAGAUUUCAACGUUUAGUCACCUUUCUCCAUCUGUUUCGCCUCUUUCUUCACGCUCUUCUACUCCGGAAUCAACUUACCUUGCAACAAAUAAAACAACAACCAACAAUAACUCAAACAAAAAUAGUAACCAUCUGUCUCGAGAUAUUCGAUUUGAUGAGAGCAGGGAACAUUCUGAAGAUUCCUUCACCUCUUUUGAAAGAAAUAGCUCUUUAGAUUCUUUAGGUAAUCUUGAGUAUACUACCCCUGUUACAGUAAAAAAUAAAAAUUCUGAUGUUUUGAAUGAUUUUAAAAAAAUGAAAAUAUCCAAUAAGUUUGAAAAUCAAGAUUACCAAUGGGAUGAUAAUGCACAUGAAGCGGACGGGGAAAUAUCAAAUGGUUUUGUGACAAACGACGAUUCUGAUGAUUCAAUAGGAAUUGACGACGAGACGUUCCAUCAAUACCUUGAUUUUCUCCAAAUGUCGUUUCCAGAUGUUAGUUCCGAUAUUAUUGUCAAAACUCUUAAGGAAUGCGAUUAUGAUCCCGGCCGCACCUCUGACCAGCUUUUGAAUAUUAAUGCAAUCGAGAAUCAUGCUUGGGGUAACGUAACCGAACCUUUCAAUAACAGAAUUUCAAAUGAAAGUAAUGACGACUCUGGUAUUUCUGAAGAAGUAUCAAAUAUUGCUUUUCUUGUUAAUUCGUUUCCAGAUAUGUCAAAAGAUGUUAUUGAGGGAGUUUACCAAUCAAACAAUCAAGAUCUAAUUCGUUCUUCUGACGAAUUAUUAACCUUACAAAUGCUUUCUAAUGAUCCUAAUUUAACAAACAUAUCCACUGAAAAUGUCCAGCAAGAUGAUUUGGAUCCUGUGGCUUUUCUUAAAAUGUCUUUUCCACAAACUUCUGAUAAGCAAAUUGCAGACGCCUUAGAAAGUAAUGAUGGUGAUGUAAUGCUUGCAUCAGAUGAACUUUUAAGCGCAGAAAUUAUUAUUAAUUUUAAAGAGGAGAUGCAAUUACACCAGCAUCUUCAAAAGUUGGCUGAAACAGAAUGGGAAAAGUACCGUCGUGAACAAGAUUCUUUAGGAAAAUUUCAAACAGUUCGUUCACGUCAUAAAAAGGACAAAGCCAAAGAUGAAAACAUUGAUUUUUUGAUGGAUAAUUUUGGUCUUGAUAAAAAAGCAGCUCAGAUUUUGUACGAAAAUAGCAACGGUAAUCUUUUUAAUGCUAUUACCUCUAUUAUGAACAAGAAUGCUAAAAAACAACCAGUAAAACACUCUCGCCUUUUGACAUCUUUGGAUAUGAAAGUGCAGCGUCCCGGUUCUAUUUCAUCUGUUCCUUCUCCAUCGUUUCGUGGUUAUAAGCCUAAUUCUGCUCCUAUUCCUAAACAUUCUGUUAAAGAGAGUAUAUCAAGACCUUCUACUGCCAUUGAUGCUUCUUACAUCAAUACGCCAUCUUCUUCCGGAACCACUGCUUCCACUGGUAGUUGGAAUAAUAUGAACAUUCAAGACCUUGUGGAUGAAGAGCAAGAAACUCGCAUGGUUUAUAUGAGACGUGCUGCUGAGGCAUAUCGCAAAGCAAGCUCUAACCCUUUGUAUCGUAGUGUCGCUGGACAUUACAUGAACAUGGCUCGUCAGCAUGCAAUUUCGAAUAAUGCGCGUUUAGCCUCACAGUUUGAUGAGGUUUUGGCUCGCCAAACUACUGAUUAUAGUAUUGAUUUGCACCAUCUUUCGGUAAGCUAUGCUUUAGAUGCCACACGCACUAAAAUCGAAAACUGGUGGACGAAAGAAAGUAGUUCUCGUGGGGCUGCCCGCACAGUUCAUCACUUACGUAUAAUCACGGGGGCUGGGACGCACAGUGUUGAUAAUAUUCCAAGAAUUAAAAACGGUGUUAAAAAGAUUUUACUUGAGGGGAAUUGGAAUUUUACUGAACAUCGUGCUCAUUUUGAUGUUUAUGGGCAAAGGAAUUUGAAACAAAAGACUAACGCGUAG